UUUUAAGCCGGGGUAUAAAAUGAAAACUAAUCUCAGCGGAAGACUUGCCUUCCUCCAGGAACCAUGGCUGGGGCAGUCCUCUUCCAAAUCCUCCUGCUCGUGGGGCUCGUAAGCGCCAAGAGGUUUUCGUGUUUCCCUGAAUAUUGCCUUCACGAUGAAGACUAUGAGGAGCUACUGGAUAUAGUCAAGCAUGGGCUAGGACGUGCAACUAAGCCAGCAAAUGUGGUCAUCGUCGGUGCAGGAAUAAGCGGACUUACGGCAGCGAAGCUGCUCCAAGAUGCCGGCCACAAGGUUACCAUUCUGGAAAUCAGCAAUCGGGUCGGAGGACGGAUCAGGACCUACCGAGAGGAGGGACAGGACUGGUACGUGGAGCUGGGAGCCAUGCGCCUGCCAGGCAAGCACAGGCUGGUCCGUGAAUUUAUUAGGCAGUUCAACCUGAAGCUAAACCCAUUCCUCCACACAGACAACAACACCUGGUACUUUGUGAACGGCGUCCGGGUGAGAGCCGGGGAAGUGGAUAGAAACCCCAACAUCCUAAACUACACGCUGCAUCCCUCGGAGAGGGGCAAAAGUGCCAGCCAGCUUUAUAGGGAGGCACUACAUAAGGCUUUCAAAAAUUUCCAGACUAUGGACUGCAAGGAAUAUCUGACAAAAUAUGACUCCUUCUCCACCAAGGAAUAUUUGAUCAAAGUAGGAAAUCUGAGCCGAGGAGCUGUUCAGAUGAUUGGUGACCUGUUGAAUGAGGACUCCGGAUUUUAUCUGUCUUUCCUUGCCUCGCUGUGGGAUUUUGAUAUCUUCUCUGAUGAGGAAAGCUUUGACGAAAUCACAGGGGGUUUUGACCAACUGCCCGAAGCCUUCCAUGAAGCCCUGCCAGACGUCAUCAAAUUCAACUGCACGGUGGAGAAAAUCAUGAGGGAGGGAGGCAAAGUCCAGGUGUUUUACCGUGCUCCGGACACCCUGGUCCCGAGUAUAGCAAAAGCAGAUUACGUCCUCGUCACUUCGUCUGCCAAAGCCACCAGGCACAUCCAAUUCGUCCCACCUCUCUCUUCCCCCAAGACCCAUGCCCUUCGCUCCAUCCACUAUGCAAGUGCCUCCAAAAUAGUGUUGGCUUGCACUGAGAAGUUCUGGGAGAAAGAUGGCAUUCGAGGAGGGCACUCCAUCACUGACCGCCCUUCCAGGUUUAUCUACUACCCCAGCCACAACUUCUCCAGUGGGGUAGGGGUGAUCCUAGCCUCCUACACCUGGAACGAUGACGCCGAGUUCUUCCUGCCCCUCACGGAUGAAAAGUGCCUGGACGUGGUGCUCCAGGACCUGGCGGACAUCCACCAGGUGAGCAAGGAGUACCUGCAGUACACCUGCAGCCAGUACGUGAUACAGAAGUGGCAGCUGGACAAGCACUCAAUGGGGGCAUUUGCGGCCUUCACCCCUUACCAGUUCACUGACUUCUCGUGGGCUCUCUUUGAGCACGAGGGCAGGGUGCAUUUCGCAGGAGAGCACACUGCCCAGCCUCACGCCUGGAUCGAUACCUCCAUGAAAGCCGCUGUGAGGGCUGCGAGCAACAUCCACGACGAGAGCGAGGCCCGGAUACUCAGCGAAAACGAGGAGCUGCUGGAGGAUUUCUUGGAGAAGGAUGAGCUCUGAGAAACUCCAACCUUACUACAUGCCACCAGCAUGCUUUGAAUUCAUUCUUGGUGGCACAAACCUCUUCCCAGGGUUUCCUCUUUCCAACUCUGCAGCAGCAAAGAAAACAAAAACUGUAAAAAAGUGUCUGUCCUCAGACAAAAGACUAAUAGCUACCUGGUUAAACACUUAUGAGGUGAAAAGGGAAUACUAAAAGUAAUCUCUUUGUAGGUUUCAUGACUCGAUAUUACCCCUGCUCAGGUGUGCUGUGGUAUAUUCUAAUUUAUUUAUGUAUACAAUACUUCAGGGAAUGACUAAGAUGGAAUAAAUGCAGGUAUUUCUCAGCCCCUUGUCUCAGGUGCUUCCAUCUCCCAGUAGAGAGAGGUCUUGGCCUCCCUUCAUCUCGACUUCCUUCAGCCAUUUAGAAACUCAUCACCUUUCAGCUGGGUCUUGCUCUCUUUCCAGGAUCUGAGAGAUAAUUCAUUGCUUCUGAGCCAUUUUCUCCUUUGUAGCCCAACACGACCACUCCAAAUCCCCCAUGGGUACCAGAGUCAGGAUGAUCUCUGCCUCCAUGGCCUCUUCGAACCUUCUAAUCUCUUGCCAGCUGAGCUAAAAGCAUGGCCAACACUUUGUUAUACAAAUAAAUUUAGCAACGUGAACAUAAAAAGCAAGCCCAGGAGCUGUACAGCCUAUGCACCCAGAUAGGCAAAUUGAUUUUCAGUGGAGUUUCUUCUUUCUGUAGUAACUCUUGUUCUAAGUUUUGUAGCUUUGCAAACUCAACCUGUGUCUUUUCAGAUUAUUGGAAGGAUGUUGAUAAAUAAAUAAAAGGCAAAGCAAAGAUUU